UUUACCAACCUGCGAAGGGCCUCGCCCCAACUCUGCCCUCCUAAUUUUAAUCUCUCAUUCCAUUCGGCGCCGCCCAGAGGGGUGCGGUACCUCUGCAAGCCGCUGUGAUCGACGUCAACACGCCUCUUCCUCGAUCUAUGCACAAUCCAAAGAUCCAACCGCCGUCGAAAAAGACAGGAUUCUGUUGUUUCCGAGUCUGCUUCUCGAAGCGUUUUUAGAUUGAUUUGGAGCAGAGAUCUGAGUGGGCAUUAACUCCUGAGUGGGAAUCGCAAGUCUUGUUGAUGAUGCAGCAGAGCAAUCGACAAGGAGAUGACGAGAUGGUUGAAGCAUCAUCAGCUGCUGCUCACUCGGAAGACAAAGUCGAUAAGGUUGGUAAAGAAGAGGAGGACCUCAAGCCAUCGCUACGAAGGGAACCCUCUUUCUCGCGGUGGUGCGACGAGAACGGGAUCUUGCGGCCAAGCGCCGCGGAAGGUGAUGGAUCCCCUAGGGCCAGCUCAGCGGGUAAAGAGUCCGAAGAAUUCGAACUGACGUUGCUUCAUCAGGGCAGGCCUGAUAAAGUGGGAUCGCAGGACGAGAGACAAUGGAGAACUCACGAAUUCCGGCAGAGGAGCAUGCUUUCGGGAUUUGUGAAUAGGGACGGGGAUAAAUACGUGCCUUUGGAUAUAGAGAACGGUGUGCACGUCAGCGAUUCUACGGCAAAGCUCGAGUCUUUGGAGCAAUCCAGGAAGAGCCCAAUUUCUGUUGCAGUCUUGCUGAAGACUCUGUUUUAUAUACUGGUUUGGUACACAUUCAGUACUUGCUUGACGGUGUACAAUAAGACAUUGCUAGGUGAUGAUCUGGGGAAAUUUCCAGCUCCACUGUUGAUGAAUACGAUUCAUUUUUCUAUGCAAGCCAUUUUAUCAAAUGCCAUUGUGUAUAUCCAGUCUCGAAUAUCAAAAGGCAGCAGGAAUAUCAUGUCAUGGAAGGAUUACUUUUUCAGAGUUGUUCCAACUGCUAUUGGAACUGCGUUAGAUGUGAAUUUAAGCAAUGAGUCUCUUGUAUUUAUAACUGUGACAUUUGCAACAAUGUGCAAAUCAGCCACUCCUAUAUUUCUCCUUAUGUUUGCUUUUGCCUUCAGGUUGGAGAAACCUAAUUUGAAGCUUGUAGGCAUUAUGCUUAUUAUUUCUGUUGGCGUUUUAUUAACAGUUACAAAAGAGACAAAGUUUGAGUUCUGGGGCUUCAUUUUUGUUAUGUUAUCCGCUGUUAUGGCUGGUUUUCGCUGGUGCAUGACUCAGAUUCUCUUGCAGAAAGAGGCAUACGGUUUGAAGAAUCCAAUCACUUUGAUGAGUUAUGUGACACCGGUAAUGGCAAUCAUAACUGCUGUCCUUUCUCUAGUUUUGGAUCCUUGGGAUAAGUUUAAGGAAAGCAAUUACUUUGAUAGCACAAAACACAUAAUGCGAAGCUGCCUACUUAUGCUUUUUGGAGGAGCAUUGGCAUUUUGUAUGGUUUUGACAGAAUAUAUUCUUGUUUCAGCAACUAGUGCAGUGACAGUCACUGUAGCUGGCAUUGUGAAGGAAGCUGUUACAAUUUUGGUUGCAGUAUUUUACUUUCAAGAUCAGUUUACCUGGUUAAAGGGAAUUGGACUUCUAACUAUUAUGGUUGGAGUCAGUUUGUUUAAUUGCUUCAAAUACUACAAACUGAAAAAAGAGGGAACAAAUACAUCAAUGGACAGAGAUGCAAAGUACGUCAUUCUUGAUGACAGUGAGGUUCAAGAUGAACUUGAGUUUCCAUCUGUGCAGGCAACAUGUUGAAUUGAGUCGGUGCACGGUGCAUCCACAAACGUCAUGUGAGUGUGUGGCACAACUCGGCAUGCUUCCUUGAUUGACUAAAUUCGCAAAUGCAAGAUUGUGCCCCGCGUAUCUGAAGUGUAAGUACCAUCCUCUUCAGAAACACGCUACUGCUCUGCCAUGUCAAGCUAAAGGAUUAGGUAAUUGAGUAGCAACUGUUCUUUCAUGGAUUGCUGCCCUAAUUUAAAAGAAAGGAAUUGCUCAACGAUAUACAUACUUUAAGCCACGUACUCUCUAUAGCAUCCUUAGCCUCUUCCAUUUUAAUUUUCAUUGGCUUCCGUUUUUCUCCUGUAAUUUGUAUAUUUUUUUAUUUAUCACUUUAAGCCAAUGAUCAUUGAUCUUUGCUAACCAUCAAUUCCAUCAAAACAUGUAAAGGACCAACAUUUUUAACAGGAGCAUUAUCAAGCAGCAGAUUUCUUUGGAUGCAAAAUUCAUAUUAUUCUCAUUUAUAACCGGAAAUAAUAUGGAACUGUUCUUCUAGGAAUUGAUAGGCAUAGCAACAAAGCUGAACCUUGUUUAUUUUGGUGAUUGUACUGAUGAUAAUACAAUUGUGGACUAACGGCCAUCUGUGCGUUUGUGUUUGGAUUUGACAACUGUUUGUGUUCUAA